CCUCUUCGCAGAAACGUGCGCUGUCAUAUUUUUAACGUACCAGUUGAUUCCUACUGAAAGCACAGCGCGACUUGUCAAAGCGCAGCUUUGAACGCGCAGACCGGUCCAGAGCAGCGGCGGCGGCGGAAUACGAGUCGGAGAGACGGCAGCCUCUUCACAGGAUAAUUAUCUUUUUAUUCAUCCUUUUCUCUUCGCUGGAAUAACUUGGCGGCUUCGUGUGAGGUUGUGUCGUUUUUUUCAUGAAUCCGCUGCUCUAACGGUACAGAGACGUUAUAUAAGGCGAGUAACGGACAUGAGAUGAGACCGUACGUACGUUAACACCAUAGCGGCACAAUAACCGCAUGUGCUGGCUGGGCUUGGCGCUGGAAAGGCGACAUUAGCGUUUAUGUAUGUGCACUACAUCACAUUUUAGGUUAAUUAAUGAAAGUAGCUAGCUCGAUUGGAAGCUGCUGCCAAUGCUGGUCCAUUCACUAUUGUGUGCGUUUGAUUUAAGUUAGCUAGGCGGCUAACCAGGAUGCGCUGCUGCCGCUGAUGAGCCCGUGUGCGUAGCGGAAUGAUGGUCAGAAGAAACCAACACCAGACAGGCGCUAAUGACCUAUAUUAAUUGUCAAAUCCCUAUUUAAUCUUAAUCUUUUUUUUUUUUGCGUGAUUAUAAAAUAAUGUGUGUGGUCAGACCUAGUGGGCCCUGCUAUCAUUCAGAAAACUGUCCUGAACGCGAAGAAGGAGCCCAUGUCUUAAAUUAGGAAACAAAGAAUUAGGCUACUGAAGAGGUUAAGCUGGUUAGAUAAGAUUGUUUUAGCGUUUUUAGGCGAGCUAGCAAGCUGGCUGACGGAUUAACUUAGUCACACCGUCUGGGCUGUACUGCUCCCUGCACUCCCUCUGUCCCCCAAUUGGAGUAAUUUUUUCCGGUUUCCACUUGUUUGUUCUCUGUGCGCCGUACCACAAUGAGCAGUCACACCGGGGACGCCGGGCCGGUGGAAGUGGAGCCCAUGCCGGGAUACUUGGACCUCAUCACCAGAGCCUCCACGGUAAUGCUGGGCGCGUGGAGAGACUGUAGUAAUUGCGGUCUGGAGCUCUCCAAACAGACUCUCCUGGAUAACGCGUACAUUACUUGGACCGAAAUUGCCCUGUUCUUCUUUUGCGCCUUUUUGUGGACGCAGAUCAGACGGGGACUGACAGAAAGUCUGUUUCAGCCUCUAGCACAGUGGUGCAGGCUGCCGCCCAAAGAUGCUGCCAAGAUGCCGGAGAGCGUGUGGAAGCUGGUCUUCUACACCAUGUCAUGGUCAUACACCACCUACCUGCUGUUCUUCAGCUCCUACUCCUUUUUCCAUGACCCGCCCUCUGUCUUCUACAACUGGAAGAGUGGUAUGUCAGUGCCUACAGACAUCGCCAUAGCCUACCUGAUCCAGGGCAGCUUCUACGGCCACUCCAUCUAUGCUACAGUCUACAUGGACGCGUGGAGGAAGGACUCAGCUGUCAUGGUGGUGCACCACAUCAUCACGCUGGCACUCAUUAGCUUCUCCUACGCCUUCAGAUACCACAACGUAGGGAUUCUGGUGUUGUUCCUCCACGACAUCAAUGACAUCCAGCUGGAGUUCACCAAGCUCAACAUCUACCUGAAGUCCAGAGGAGGAGGCUAUAACUUGCUCAACGACAUCCUGUCCAACAUGGGCUCUGUCAGCUUCAGCAUCACUUGGUUCUGGUUCCGCCUCUACUGGUUCCCUCUCAAAGUGCUGUAUGCCACAUGUGUGUCCAGCCUCCAGUCCGUCCCCAGCAUCCCCUUCUACUUCUUCUUCAACGUUCUUCUCCUGGUGCUGCUGCUCAUGAACAUCUACUGGUUCUUGUUUAUUGUGAUUUUCGUAAUGAAGGUGCUAAAGAUGAAGGAGGUGAACGACGUCAGGGAGUACGAGGAGGAGGACGGCAGCAAGGCGGCAGCAGGCCUGCCCAGAGACCCUCAGGCAGAAAACAACGAUGAUGAUGCUGGACAUCACAUAUCUACCCAGGGGAAGCACGUGCAGAACGGGAUCACCAAGGACAAGCAUCUAUAACAGGCUCUCCAUCGCCACCACCUGGAACUAGGCUACAAGUACAAGCAAGACAAGACGCCCUCCUUGGACGGCUCACGCUCAAAACGUGGCUGAAGGGAAGAGUGUCACAAAAAGAAAAAGAAGGAAAAUAGCUAAGUUAGGCCGCGAUGAGUUUUUACUCUUUUUAUUUGUUUUAGAACAUUUCAUUUCAUCACUGUCGUUUUGUUUUCAGUUUUGUUUUUAUUAGAGCACUGUGAAUGUUAUUUCAGGUGACAUUUUGUCUUAUUGUUGCUAACUUUACAUUUGAUAGAUUCAGUAGAAACAAACCAGUUGGAGUGAGAGUUGGACUGUGAUUGUCACGUACGGCAGUACAGGGUGUCAUAAUCAUCACCCUGCACAGCGCCGCGGCACCCAGACAAGGAAGAGGUUUAGGCCUGUAGUGGUUCUGUAGACAUUUAGUCCUACAGUAACCUUUAGUAACCUGCAACAAUCAGCAUUUAAGCAAUAUGCUAAUUCAAUAGGUGUUUGCAGUCGUGUUUAUUAAUGAAUGCCUUUCCUCCCUUCAACUCCGUCCAUCUUCUCUGACUCUGACUGCUGUUUCACCGCAUGUAUUGAUUUUCAUAUCAUUGCACAAGUCAGUGGUGGCGAUCGCACAGCUCUGGCCACAUUGGUGUGUGUAGGUAUGUGCGUGUGUUAGGUGUUUCAGGAUGUGGAGAGUAUUGGAUAUAGGGGAAUCUUUAAAACUCAAAAUCCUUCGUCUCACAGCAUUUCACCUCUCAGUUUGAUUUCUUUUGACAUUGUAUCUCUUGUACUGAUGAUCAGCAGGCAUUGGAAAUAUUCACUUGGCAUUCUUGUACAGAAAAGGCUUUUUGUUUUUUGUCUUUCCUCUGUGUGUUUUGCAAAGCAUCUGUCGCUGCACUGACAUGAAGGUAUACAAGCUGAUUGCUGGUUUAAUGACAGCAAAUAGCUAGAAUUGAUUGACUGGGUUUCAGUAUCAUGAUUGAAUUAGUUUAAACAAUAUGGAUUUUGAUAACAUUUCUAACCAGUUUGUGGGUGGCGGUGGCUAUCGUUUUCACAGAAAGAUUGGAACAAUAGCCCAGAACUUGUGUGAAGAUAAAAAUCACUAUGAUAAAAACAUUAUGUAUGCACACAUUAUGGUAUUCAGGAAUGCAUGACAUCGAAUGAUCUUGGAAAUAUGCUAUGUAAUCAUAAUGUCUUUAUUAAUGUGAUGUUUUUUGAAGCAGCAGUGACCACUGAACACAGAGGGACCUAUUUCAUUCGAGUGGUUUCCCUGGAUCCCACUGGUUUACCUCGUGUGUUAGUGUUACUCCUGCACCUGUAGAAAAUAAGGAAUGUUUCUAUUCUUCCUACCGUCUCGAUCAAAUUCAAGCUCUUGUUUCGAUGAACAGCAUGCUUGUGCUGCCGGAGCAGGCCGCAGAUGUUGUCUGUCCGUAGAAGAAGCGUCCGUUCUGUUUUAGUUUAUCUGUUUGUCUUCCACAAUCUCCUCGUCAGAACUUGGGGGAAGUUCCAACUAACUUUUUAUGUUAUCACUGUUAUUGCUGUAGUUCAGGUUAUUAUUGUUGAUUUGUUUUUUGGAAUUGCUGCUGUUUUGUUUUUUUCCUCAGAGAACACUGUUGGUAUUCCAGUUGUGUUGUUUUUUUCCUGCUGUGUAUGAGUUGGUGAUAGUCUGCUCAGAUCAGAUGUUUCUGGGGACCAGGGAGAGUCGUUUUGUUAAUUUACAUCUGGUUUUAGUCUCAGAUCUCUUCCUUUUAAACUGAAUGCUGGCUCACGCUCAUUUGACUGUAGUCCCUAUACAUCAUACAUGGUUUAUGGCACUGUAUGUAAUAUAUCCUACGUUCAGAGUCCCGUGGCUGAGGAAGCGACGUCUGAAAUCCUCCCCGCUCAACUGUGAGAAUAGAUUAUCCAUAGUUUGCUGAUAUUUUUGUUGUAUAGGAUGCCAUAUGACAGGGGAGUGAAGUUUGCAGUAAACCCACAAAGACCUGAGAUCUGGAUUAGGUGCGACUCAUCCCUCAAGUCUGGUAUGGUACUGUGUGCAAAAGGUGCGCCUUCAAUCUCUCCACCUCUCUCCCAUUGUGUCAUACUACAAACAGUCCUGUGAUGUCAUGUGUGAACGAGUAGCUACUGCUAGGGGUGGGCGAUAUGACGCAAUAUACAAUCAAGCGAUAGAAAUUUGCUGUCCUGUUUACACCGUGGUGUCUAUCCUAUUUUUAACCUCUCUCUGGGUGUAUUAGGCCAUUGUGGGCAAUGUUGUGAAUCAAUGUGCUGUUUUAUGGCAAUAUUGGACUUCAUAUUUUUUGCAUCUAAAGUACUUUGUCUUUUCAGGUAUUUACUUUGAUGGAUUACCCAAAAAACAGCUGCAGGAACUACCAGGUGUGCACUAGAUAACGCUUAAUUCAAUUGAUUUUUCAGAAAAUGUACCACCAUGUACAGUAUACCAGUAUCAUUAUAUGAAAUAACGUAUAUCGUGAAAGAGGAUUUUAUCCAUGUCGCCCACCCCUAACUACAACCCAGAAGGGACGAAACUAUCCGAAAUUGAAGGAAAAAACAUUUUGAGAUUGCCAGUUUAUUUUUCUUUGUGUAUAGAUUUGGCUGAUUCGUAUUUAAACAUUCGAUAUAACAUUGGCCUGCAGUUCAGGUCAUCUUUGGUUUAAGUUGUUGGAAACAUGUUGCAUGUGAAGCUCAGUUCAGUCAGACAACUCACUUGGAACAGAAGUUUGUGAAUGUACAGACUUGAUAUUUGAUGUUUGGUUCUGACCUCGUCUCUGGAGAUCAGGGAGUGGUGAUAAAAUGAGACAGUGUUUGCAAAUUCUCCAGUAAAGCAACAUCAACAGGCUCGUCACUUCUUGCUUCAAGGUUCCCACGGGUCCUUGAAAUCCUUCAAAGUUUGUGAAAUAGACAUGGAUCAGUGAAAUGGCUUGAAUUCAUAUAUUUUGUGCAAGAAUAGAAAUUUAAGUUCUUUUUAUAUAUUUAUUUUUUACUUAAAGUAACUUCACUAUAACGCAGCGGCACAACUGAGAAGUGUUCGCACAUUCAAGCCUCUCUCUCUUUUUAAUUGUUGUCUGUGAGCUUCUGUAAAGCCUGAUAGUUCUCAUAAAAAUUCUCACUGUUGUAACAGUAGUUAACCUUGACCCGUGUCUCAAACUAUGCUGUGUUGGGUCCUUGAAUUGGGCCUGGAAAGUCGUUGAAAAGUCCUUGAAUUUGAUGUUUAAGAAAGUGUAGGAACCAUGUUGUUUGUAUACACUGAUCAACACAGAGAAGAUUAAGGAGUGACGGUAUAAAGAUGUGUUUGCAAACUAAUCAGUAAAGCAGCAGCACAAGGCUGCCAUUAUUGCACAGGCAGUGAGUAGAGUAUGAUAUUUGGUGUCUAGGCUCUAACCUUGUCACUCCCCAUUUCCAUAUAUUAAGAUCAACACAAAUGUAGGGAGUGACGAGAAAAGCAGUGUUAAUAAACUGAGCAGGAAAAUUGGAAAGGCUGCAGUGGAUUUGUGUUGCAACGAGUCGAGUAUAUAAUAUUUGUUUUCUAGACUGACCUUUUUGCUGCUUGUUUCAAGUCAAUUUUAUUUAUAUAGCCAAAUUUGCCUCAUUUGGCUUUACAAUCUGUACAGCAUAUAGGACACCCUCUAUCCUUAGACCCUCGAUUCGGAUAAGGUUUGCAUGCAUUAAGAUUAACACAAAGUUUAGGGAGUGACGAUAAAAUGAGCAGUGUUUACAAACUGAGCAGUGAAGCAGCAGCAUUGACGGGGCCGCCUAACUUCCAAGGCUGCGAGUUGUCUGCCUGAACUGGCUCACAGGCUUCGCUCCAUCAUGACACAAAGUAUCUUCACGAAUGGUUUGAUUGUGCCAAAAUUUCCACCCAAAUUAUGAGGCAAGUGUUAGUGUGAGAGCUGGUGCCGAGCGAAGAGGAGAGCUAGUAGAAAACGACGGGCAGAAAAGCCCUGCAGGUAUUUCUUGUAAAUUGCACUGUAAUUUAUUAGUAUUCUUUUUAUUGUUCAUUAGGAGAUCAAAAUUAGAAAAGGGAGGGAAGAAUUUGGGAAUUUUUAUGACUUUCUGGGAAGAAUCAGUAACUAAAACUCUUAUUAAUUGAAAGUGUAUUUUAAUGAUAAAUGUUUUUUUGGACCAUUGAUAUUUGCUGGCAGCGAUACAAAUUGCCCCAUUUUUCUUUCAAAACUGAAUCUGACCACUUAAAAGACGCAUACUUGCUCUUUUGUAAUGCAAUUUUAAUACCAUUCAGCCAAUGUUAUCCCCCCCAUAAAAUAAAACAUGUCAGUAAACAAGA